GCCCUCUGCCCACAACGAAAACAAGUGGCAUGUUGUCGGGUGUUAUGUUUCCAUUCAUGAUUUGUGUAGUACCUUUGCAUUUUCUUCACAAUGGCUAUCCAGUCUGAUGUAAAUGUAUCACGCUAAUAUUUACCACAUGUUGUAUCAUUUCAGACACUUUCUUUUCAACAGAAUAAUUUAGAAUACACGAAGUCACACAGAGUUACCUACCUUGAAUGUAGUCUGCUAGAAAAUGAAUUGUCGGGUUGUUUUCCAUUUUCUCUGUGGAAACAGUCUUACAAGUACAUCAUACAGAUACAUAUCACUUGCUAACCUACAACUGUACAGGACGAGUGCAACUCAAACCACGAGAGAGAACCAACACAAUGUGAAGACAAAUACACCUCCUGAGAAUACUACCAAUGACUGGGUUGGUCCACCUGAUUCAGUGUCCAACAUCCGCCCAGUCAAGUACUUUAUACCACCCGAUGAAACUCCGCUCGAGAAGAGAUAUAGGGAGCGCAGGCAGGAAGUGUGGAAAUGGAACCAGGAAUUCUGGGAGGAGCACAACAAGUUAUUUGUCAAAAAAAAGAAGAAGUAUGUGCAAUCAACAUUAGCUGAUAAAAGAGCUUCGUUUAAAGGGGAAGGUGAUCCCCCUCAGACGCUGUCAGCUGAUGAGAUGUCAGUCUUCUACAAACGCUUCCUUAAUGAGAACUAUAAGAGUCACAUUUGGUACAACAAGGAAUGGUACAAGAAAAACAUUUCACUUUUGUGGCCGGCUUUGCAAGUCAACAUAUCAAGAUUCAUGAAAAAGUUGAAAAGAUCAUGAUGCAGAUCCAUGUUAAUUGAGGAAGAAAGAAAACUUUGACAUUUUACAUAAUCACCAGUUUAUUGUUUCCUGGUGACUGAAGUCAUAAUGCUGCAUGAAUAGAUAGUUUCCUGUAUGAAGCAAGGAUGUAUCUGCCUGUGUUGAUUUUGUCCUAUGAAUGUUUUCAUAUCGUGUACCUUUCUAUUUUACUCUCGUCCCAUUUGAAAUGACUGAAGAGAUGCAGUUGUUUUUGGACAUUGAGACUUACUAGGUACUGUUGAGAGUACUGUGAAAUGUGUAUGGAUUAUUAGUUUUGUAAAUAAACUAAUAUUUUGUAUUACAAAAUAGUUUUUGAUGAAA